AUGGGAGAAGGAGAGAAAUUUGCAUGGGGAUCUGCUACAACAACUGAACUUUCUAAAGGAACAUUCCACCUAACUCAAACAAAACAAACCCCUCUCACUCUUUCAGCUUUCCAUAUAUUCUCCUCCCUCCAUCACCCCCACAUCAAACUCUCACUUCAAGGACCACUCUUCCUUUCUCUCCACCAUCCCCACUUCAGUCAACAAAAGAUGGUGAUCAUGAAGCAUUCACUCUCCUCUCUUACCCUCCCACUUCUUCUAAUACUACUCUUUUCCCAUCACACCUCUUUAGCCCAGUCGCCCGCCGCGGCCCCAACCGCUCCCACCACUGCCACCACCGCCACUGCUCCGGCCCCGGUACCCUCCUCACCCCCCACAGACAUAAUCAGAAUCCUCAAAAAGGCCGGAGGGUUCACCACCCUAAUUCGUCUCCUUCAGGCCACACAGGUAUCCAACCAAAUCAAUUCCCAACUCCUUACUUCAAACGGUGGCUUAACCUUAUUUGCACCAAACGACAAUGCCUUUUCAAGCCUCAAACCUGGCUUCCUCAACUCCCUCAAUGACCAACAAAAGAACGAACUCAUCCAAUUCCACUUGCUACCCACAUUCGUUUCCGUUUCAAACUUUGACACUCUAAGCAACCCUGUUAGAACGCAGGCCGGUGAGAACCCUGAUAGGUUGGCGCUGAAUAUAACAAGCUCUGGAGGGAACCAAGUGAACAUGACAACGGGCAUUGUCAACGUUACAUUGGGUGGCACUGUGUACACUGAUCACCAGCUUGCGGUUUACCAAGUGGACAAGGUGCUUCUUCCUCGAGAUUUCUUUGUUGCUAAGCCUCCUGCUCCAGCUCCGGCGCCAGAAAAGCCUAAGGGGUCUAAGAAGAAAUCUGCAGACAGCACUUCAACUCCUGCAGAUGAUGCUGAAUCUGCUGCUAUCAGUGUGAAACAGCAGCGUGUGAUGUGGGUUGCUGUUACUUCCCUUGUAGUUGCAGCAUUUUCGUGGUGA